AUGGCCGGUCGUAUUACGUUUGAUAUCCCGGCGUCCGCUCGCUCCUUCACUUGCUUCUCGCGUUUGCCACCUGAAAUCCGAGAGCAGAUCUGGGAGGAUGCUAUUUUCGAACCUGGCAUGCACUUCCUACGCCUCAGGACUGCAGCUCGCAUUACCCAUUACCCCUCUCCAAUGCCGCCAGGUUCACUCGGUGACCAAGAUACCAAGGACGAGGACGAUGUCCUUCUCGACUUUGCUCGCGAGAGUGUACCUGAGAGGGUCUGGCCCGCCAUACUGGAGCCCCGAUACCCGACACCCCAAGCCAACAUCUCCAACUACAUCUCUGUCAAUCGCGUCCUGAAAAAGCUUUCCGCUACUUGCUUCGAGUCAGCCAAGGUCGUUCGACGCCUGACCAGCGCCUCUGGUGGCUUAAAGCUAAAGGACGGACGCGUCGUCUCGCUUGGCGGCUCUUCUGACAUCGUGUGCCUCGAGUACCUGUCCGCAGACGACUUUCGAAGCUGGUGUCGCAUGUCCCAGUCCAUCAGAUGCAAUGAACUUGCCAAUAUUCGCCAUGUCGCCAUCCCCUACUGUCACGCGUGGGAAACCAGCGUUAGCGGCUUUCGGUGCGGUCAUUGCGGCACCCGCUACUCCGGCCUCGCAACCAAAGUCUAUCCUGUCCACCUCUACGAGUUUCUCGCCCAGUAUCUGCCAAAUCUAGAGACAUUCUACUUCAUUGACUAUCUAAUAGUUCAGAAGAACACGAGCAUUGACUCUCUAAAAGUCAUUCCGGCCCGGGCCAGUACAAUGGAAGAUACUGAUAACGUCCGUUUAUCGCCGAACAGAGUGGCUGACAUGGUCAAGACGUUGAAAGUAACUAGCAACACAAAGAGAGAGAUCCAAUCCCGGAGCGCCAAUCCGUCGGCAAAGGCUGUACUAUAUGGUUUCAAAUGUGAAGGCAGAGUCUUUCACGAACCCGACGAGGAUCACUGGGAUGUCAAGUCUAGAGUAGUCGACACCAUAUCCUGGUUACAAAAGAGGUUCAUCCUCUACGCCACCCAGAGCAAGAACAGCAAGCACGCACACCCCGAAAAGGUCCGAUUCAAGGUUUUGGCAUGCCAAUGGAAUGAAAGAGAACCCAAUAUACAACUGAGACUGAAGAGAGCUGCACCUGCUGUCAAAAAAACCUCAAUAAAGAAUCCCCGAUCACAGAGCUGCAAGCAAGAUGUGCCAUCGGCUCAAGAUCAGAGAGCCCUUUUGGCGCCACCAUCAUCGCUGCCACUUUCUAUCUCCACCAAGGGAUUCAAUUACGUCUUUGGCAGAGAAGAUGAAUGCAACUUUGGCUUCAGUCAAACAUCUGGGUUGUAA